AUGCGAAAGUUGGAAUGGGACAACAUGGGAGUGAAGGUUGAUGGUCGGCAGCUACACCAUUUGCACUUUGCUGAUGACAUCGUACUGAUAACACCUACCAUCAGCCAAGCGGAACGAAUGCUGACCGAAUUCGACGAAACAUGUGGAUGCAUCGGUCUUCAGCUGAAUCUACAAAAGACGAUGUUCAUGCGGAACGGAGGCUACGUUUAUCUGGGUCGGGAACUGAACAUGAUGAACGACCUGACCCCCGAGCUGGGCAGGAGGAGACGAGCGGCUUGGGGAGCGUACAAGAGCAUCGAGGAUGCACUGGAGAAGACCAGGAACACCCGGCUCUGUGCUCACCUCUUCAACACCACCGUACUCCUUGUUUUGACCAAUGCUUCGGAAACCUGGGUAUUUUGCAAGCAGGAAGAAAACGCGGUGAGCGUCAUUGAACGCGCAAUUGAGAGAGUGAUGCUAGGAGUAUCCCGUUUCACGCAAGUGAGGGACAGAAUUCGAAGUUCUCUCCUACGUCAACGAUCGAAGAGUAGUGACGCCGCCGCGUUUGCCAAGGAAAGUAAAAUAAGCGCACUACAGGAAGACCGUCGACCCGAUGGUCAGAUUUCUUCACGAAGUCUUUCAAAGAAAAAUAUGAUGCUCUUCGUGUCCCACGCGAAAGAAGGAACCACUGGGCUACUCUGGCACGCGAUCGGGACAAAUGGAAGAAUUACUGGCGCCUGCUCGACCAGUUCGAAGAUCAACGAGAGUCAAGGUGAUCAAGGUGACCAAGAGUUUAACGUGUCCGAGACUUCUGCUAGUCGGGAAAAGUUGGAUUCGAACAAAAUGCGUGAUUGCACCGUUUCUGAUCAAUUGAGGUAUUUCUGA